AUGACCUGUGUUCAACCCACACCCUGCAAUCGUCUCCAGUUGGAGUGUGACGGUGGAUGCCUGCCGAAAUACCGCGCCUGUGACGGGCUGGAGGACUGUGCAAACGGGGAGGACGAGAUGAACUGUACUGUUGGAGGUUGUGGUCCUAAGCAGUUCCCCUGCGCGGACGGUACCUGCCUGAUGGAGUCUCAGCUGUGUGACAACCGGACGGACUGUAGUGAAGGGGAGGACGAGGAGGACUGUGGAGAUGUCCUACCUCCUGGAUUUCCGCUUGGUUUGGCGAGUCGGUACAUUUCCGAUGUUUUCAUCACUGCCAGUUCCGAGUACAAGCCGGAGUUCGCCGCCUCCCAGGCAAGGCACACGCCUCCGACUGCACCGGGGUACUGCUGGGUACCGAGUACAGUGGAGGACCAAUGGAUCCAGGUUUACUUUGGUAAGACGACUAACGUAACCGGUGUGGUCAUCAGUGGAGGCGGCUCGAACUGGGACCUGGGUAGUUGGGUGACGUCAUUCACUCUGGCCUUCAGCAUGGACGGCGAUGUGUGGACACCGUAUGGAGGCAUCGGCAAAGAUGUGCAGGUUUUCCAAGGAAACCGAGACCGGUACAACAAGGUGAGUCGUCCACUCCAAGUCCCCGUGACGUCACGCUACAUCCGUCUGUAUCCAGCCGGCUACGAGGGCUGGGUUGCCAUGGUGAUGGAGGUGUACGUCACAAACGACGAAAACGUUUGGCUGGCACAGGAGGAGCACGUCCCAUUGGGAGUUGGUAUUGAUCCGGACAAUCCCGAGGCCGCUCCGAAGAUUCCCGACCUCUAUAUGACCGCUUCAUCGCGAGAGGGCGAUUUCUUCCCAUGGCUGGCGCGUCUGAACAACGGGAGGGGGCAGGGGUGGGGAACGGGCUGGUCUCCAGCGGUCCGGGAUGACCUCGAACUAUGGCUCCAGGUAAUUCUUCUCCUAAACACAGUUCGGGUGUUUGAGUAUCCACAUGUAUGA